CAAAAUUAUGAUAAGGACAGGAGAAUAAAAUCUAUGUCCAAUAUGCGAUAAAAAGCUGGAGGAGAAUAAUGUAAUAUUAUUUCCUAAAUGCAAUCACGCCUUGUGCAGAGAUUGUUUAAGAGAAUCUUUCGAAUAUAAAAUCAAAGAAUAAUAAGUUUAACUUAAGUUUUUUGUUUGUUUUACCUGUCAAAUUUAGCUUGAAAAUAAUCAAUGGAUUUAAAAAGUAGUAGAUUAAAAGACUUUUAACAAGUAUUGUGAUCAAUUAAUUGAUCAAAAAAUGGUUGAUAAUUUAAACAGUGAUGAAAUUGUUGUAACUUGUAAAAAUUAAGUUUGUUAAUAAACAUAUUUGAUAUGGAAAUAUGCAGGUUAUUAUAUUAAUAAUUUUAGAUUAUUAUAAAUGUCCAAAAUGUAAUGUUGAAUUUUGUAGAAAAUGUAAUAAUUAACAUAAUAAUGAAAUGCCGUGUGAAAAGGAACAGAAUAGUUAUAUAGUUAUGAAAUAAAAUUUUGAGAUAAGUAAAUGCCCAUAAUGCUCAUUUAAAGUUACAAAAAUAGGUGGAUGCAAUUUUAUGACUUGCAUAUGUGGAACACAUUUUUGCUAUAGAUGUGAUAUGUUAUUAAAAAGAGAAGUAAAUUCUAUUAAUAAUAAGGAUCAUCAUAAACAUUAUUAACAAAACGACACUUCCUUGAGCUGUAAAGCAUAAAAUAGGUAAUCUCUACCAGAUAAGGAAUAAAAAAAAGAAAAAAAGAAAAUCAAAAUUGUUGAGAUAAAUUAGAUUCCUUGUAAACUUUGUUCAAAAUUUCUUGAUUCUAAGAAUAAGAAUCAUAUUUAUUAAUGUAGUUCAGAAGGUUGUAAUCGACAAUUGUAUUGCACCUUUGGUGAAACCUUUAUGAAUGAAUAAGAUAUUGAAUAACAUUUACAGAAAUGUUUUCCUAAGAAUGAUUAAAUUUAUAGUUCAAAUAAUUUAGGAUGA